GAAGGAAGAAGAAGAAGAAGAAAAAUAAAAAGGAUAAAUCAUCAUGGCGGUGAAAUUCUAGGCAACAGCGGUAAAAACAGACAAAAAUUGACGGAAAGUUUGUAGAUUGGUAGUUUGUGUUCGCCUUUUGCUUCUGUUUCGUUACUUCUAAAGCCCCCAAGCACCAUGGGUCGGCGCAAGUCCAAGAGGAAGCCUCCUCCUAAGCGAAGAGCUAUUGAGCCUCUUGAUUCCCAGUUCACCUGCCCCUUCUGUAACCAUGAGAGAUCUUGUGAAGUGAAAAUGGACAAAAGUCGAAAUUCAGCACGAAUAACAUGUCGUGUUUGUAUGGAAGACUUUCAAACUACUAUAAAUUUUUUAUCUGAACCGGUUGAUGUGUAUAAUGAUUGGAUUGAUGCCUGCGAGACAGCUAAUUAACAUACUAUUGUGUUUUUCUGUGAUUCAGCAAAUGAUUUGAACCUUGUCUGUUCUUCUCUCUCUCAUGAGGUUCAAAUGAUUUCAUUUGUGGACAAAUUUUUAGUCUAGUUUUGUUAAUUGUGGCCUGUCAGAAGUUUUGACUGAAGACUCAUCAUUCAUGUUUCCAGCACUUUAUUUGUAAUGCAUUGUUUGUACAUACCACAAAUAUAUGUAAAACUGAAAGAUAGA